AUGAAGGCUUUGCUCGUCCUCUGGGCGACCACCGUCUCUGCACUCUUAGCCAACGUCACCCUCUCUCCUCUCGACACUGCGUUCACCUAUGCUUCCGACCCGGCUCUCAAGAGCCGCUGGAGCGACUCCCGAGACAACGAUGGCAAGGUGGACAACUCUGGCCUGAACGUUGCGGAUUGUCUACAACAGACCCAAAUCUUGGAUUGCAUAUUCCCACUCCCGGACAGUCCUUCUUUCCAGUCCCUCCUAAUGUCGCUCAAGCCUGAGCUGGUUCGUGUCCGCUGCGACUGGGGCAAGAACACGACACUUGAUCCUGAUUUCCUCUCGGCCAACACGGCCGUCUAUUUCACGAACAAUGCAGUCCGCAAUCACGGAAAAGUGGGACAACACGUAACGAUCCUCACUCCCGUCCAGGCCAAACGCCACGUCCUGAACUGGUGGUAUGCCAAGAGGUACACACACACCACGUCUGCACUCAACAUCCUCGACGGCAGCUCCGAGGCGACAGAGUUCGUCCUUAUUCUCCACCGCGACAACCGCAGGGACUGUGCCCAAAUCGGCAGCAAGAUCUCUCGCGGACUGACGGUGGUAGUAGACGCAGUGCUGCGUCGCUCCGAAAUACGAUUCACUCUGGUCGGUCUAGAGCGCUGGUGCGGUUAUCAUAGCCCCGCUCGCGAGUUCCUCGAGCGGCUUGUGAGACGGCGCCAUUCACCAUAUGGCUCCAGCAUUUCACCCAAUGUGGAGUUUCUCUCGCUCCGUCAGUAUCACGACCGCCUUGGAAGUGCACAGUUCCAUCUCGAGACUGUUCUCCCUACCCUCAAGGUAAACAAGUCGUUCCCUCGUUAG